UGGCCUGCAAAAGACCAGAGCUAAGUUUAACACAGGUCAGAGAGUGAGAUACAAGCGGGAGCAGGGGCUGUCUGGGGCACUUUGGCUUACCCCGUGUAGCCUGUCCAAGACCACUGAUUUUUAGAGAACUUGUAUAUUGAUUUUUGUUUUUCUCUGUAGUGACGGUUCCAACAACAGGAAAAAAACAUGAAUAUUCAAAACUGUGCCAGGUGUGGGUUUGUGGUGUACCCAGCUGAGAAGAUCAAUCUCAUUGGUCAGAACUGGCACAAAGCAUGCUUUCACUGUGAGGUCUGUAAGAUGGUUCUCACCGCCAAUAAUUUUGUCAGCCAUCAGAAGAGGCCUUAUUGUCAAGUACACAAUCCACGGAACAACACCUUCACUAGCGUCUAUGAAACUCCCGUCAACAUCAAUGCUAAGAAGCAGGCACAGGCUGUGAGUGAGAUUAAAUAUCGAGAGGAAGGUGAACGUUUCAUGUCCACUUUUCACUAUGACAUGAGGUCAAAAGAAAUAGAGCAGGCUCGCAAGGCCAGCCAAAUGACCAACCAGGCUUACCAGUCUGAGUUUUCAGAGCAGCAGACAUGGUACUCAGGCAGCGUAACCAGCCAGGAGAUAGUUCGUGUUUCUCAGGCACAGAAGACCAUCAGUGAUGUGGAGUACAAACGAGGUCACGAUGAGCGAGUGACACAGUUCACCUCUGUGACCGACACACCUGGAAUUCUACACGCUAAGACUGGAACCUCACUGGCAAGCGAUGUGAAGUACACAGAGGUAUAUGAACAAUCCAAAGGAAAAGGCAGCUUCCCUGCCAUGCUCACUCCAGGAUAUGAAGUGGCCAAGAAAGCCAACACUCUUGCAAGCAAUGUGGAAUAUAAGAAGGGACAUGAGGAGAGGGUGUCGAAGUACACAACUGUGACAGAUACCCCUGAAGUGGUCCUGGCUAAAAGCCAAGGAAGAAUUGCAAGUGAUUUUGUCUACACUGAGGACUAUGAACAGCAGAGAGGGAAAGGUAGUUUCCCUGCCCAUGUCACUCCUGGAUACCAAGUGGUCAAGAAAGCAAAUGAGAUGGCUAGUAAAGUGAAGUACCAGCAGAAGUAUGAGCAAGAGAUGAAGGGUAAGGCUAGCACUGACGCUGGAGCUGCUGAGCUCGUUCUGGCCAAAGAGAAUGCAGAGAAGUUCAGUCAGCAUGCCUACACUGAGGAGUAUGAGCAGCAGAGAGGCAAAGGAAGCUUUCCUGCUAUGAUCACGCCUGGAUACCAGAUGGCCAAGAAAGCCAGCGACAUUGCCAGUGAUCUGAAAUAUAAGAAGGACCUGAGCAAGAUGAGGGGCUCGUCUGCCUACCACUCUCUGGCUCCUGAUGACAACCUGACUCUGAAGAAUGCCCGCAAGAUCAAUAAGAUCGUUAGCGAGGUUGAAUACAAGAAGGACCUUGAGAAUACAAAAGGACACAGCAUCAACUACUGCGAAACACCACAGUUCAAAAACGUGUCCAAGAUCGCCCAGUAUACCAGUGAUAAUAAAUAUAAGGAGAAGUAUACCAGUCACAUGAAGGGUCACUAUGAGGGAACUGGACUGGACAAGAAAACUAUGCAUGCCAUGAAAGUCAGAAAGCUGGCCAGUGAUGUUGCGUAUAAGUCAGAAUAUGGGCAGGAAAAGAUGGAGCAGGGAGAGUACAACUACCCUGCUGACAUCACUCCAUCUUAUCAGACCCAGAAGAAACUUGAGCCUCUCAAAGAUAAAAAUUACAGACAGCACAUUGACAAGCUCAAAUACAGCCAGGUGACAGACACUCCUGACAUUAUUCAAGCUCGAAUCAAUGCUCAGCAAUUUAGUAAUUUGAACUACAAAGCCAACUAUGAGAAAACUAAGACACAGUACACCUUAGCACAGGAUACGCCUCAGCUCAAGAAGGCCAAAGCCAAUGCAGAGCUCAUCAGCGAUAUCAAGUAUAAGGAGGACUGGGAGAAGAAUAAGUCUAAAGCUUGUGAUAUUGGUUUGGACACGCUGACCUUUAAAGCUGCCAAAGCUUCUCGAGAUCUGGCCAGUGAUAUCAAGUAUAAGGAAUCAUAUGCGAAGAACAAGGAUAAAGCAGUAGGUGUAAAUGUGAGUGACUCCAAGACCCUCCAUUGUCUCCAAGUGGCAAAGCAGAACAGUGAGAUUGCCUACAAAAAGGACUCAAAAGAAACUCAGACUAAGUGUAACCUGCCUAUGGACAUGGUGAACCUAAACCAUGCGAAGAAAGCCCAGGCACUGGCCAGUGAUCUGGACUACAGGAAGAGGCUCCAUGAGUACACCAUUCUGCCUGAUGACAUCAAAGUGCAGCAGGCUAAGAAGGCCUAUGACCUGCAGAGUGAUAACCGGUACCGCUCAGACCUGAUCUGGAUGAAGGGGGUUGGCUGGGAGGCUGAUGGCUGCCUGGAUGUUGAACAGGCCAAGAAGGCUGGAGAACUUCUAAGUGAUAAAAAGUACCGUCAGAAGGUGGACAGAGUGAAAUUCACUCAAGUGGCCGACACUCCCUCUAUCAAACAUGCCAAGAAGAGUCAGGAACUGCAGAGUGAUCUAACAUACAAGGCGGGUACAGAACAGAUCAUCCAUCAGUACACUGUGAGCAAAGACGAGCCUCUCUACAAGCAGGCCAAAGCUAAUGCAGAGCUUCUCAGCAAUAAAACAUAUAAGAGUAGCUGGGAGGCCCAAAGGGACAAGGGCUUUGAGCUACGUAUGGAUGCACUAUCUAUCCUCACUGCCAAAGCUAAAAGGGAUCUCGCCAGUGAUGUGAAAUACAAGCAGCAAUAUGAGAUGACAAAGGGGAAGAUGAUUGGGGUGAAGACUGUAACAGACGAUUCUCAGAUGGCUCACUCAGCCCUGGCCACUAAGCUUCAAAGUGACCGUGACUAUAAGAAAGAGUAUGAAAAUUCUAAGACCAAAUACAAUGCCUCGCUUGACAUGUUGACCAUCAGCCAAGCUAAAAAGGCCCAAGACCUGGCCACAGAGACCAACUACAGAACUUUCCUGCAUGAGUACACAAGUCUGCCGAGUGAUAUGAAGGUGGAGUGGGCCAAGAAAGCCUAUGGUCAACAGAGUGAUAAAAAGUACAGGUCAGAUUUGAACUGGAUGAAGGGUGUGGGAUGGGAGACUACUGGAUCUCUUGACGUGAUGCAGGCUAGGAAAGCUAGCGAUCUCGCCAGUGAGAAAAAGUAUCGGCAGAAUGUCAGUGCUCUGAAAUUCACCAGCGUGGAGGACACACCAGAGAUGGUGCAAGCCAAGCUCAGCAAUAAGCUGGCACUAGAAAGGCUGUACAGAGAGAAAGGGGAGAGUGAGAAGCAUAAAUACACACUGACAGGAGAUCUUCCAGAGCAUGUGCAGGCCAAGAUGAACGCCAUGAACAUCAGCGAGUCACGGUACAAAGAGUCAUGGAUGAAGCUCAGAGAUGCAGGCUACAAGCUACGUUUGGACGCUAUUCCAUUCCAGGCUGCCAAAUCCUCUUCAGAGAUACUCAGUGAUCAAAAGUACAAAGAGGAGUUUGAGAGGACGAAGGGUAAGAUGAUUGGUCUGAGAGCAUUGGAGGAUGACAUUAACAUCGCCCACUCAGUGCAUGCCACUCAGCUACAGAGUGAUAUUAAAUAUAAGAAGGACUCUACUAAAGUACACUCUCAGUUCCACCUUCCAAUGGACAUGCUGGACGUGGUUCAUGCUAAGAAGGCUCAGGCUCUGGUCAGUGAUCAGGAUUAUAGACUGACCCUCCACAAUUACACUGCUCUGCCUGAUGAUUUGAAGGUGCAGGCUGCCAAGAAAGCGUAUGAGCUGCAGAGUGAGAAAUCGUAUCGUUCUGAUCUGAAUUACCUGCGUGGGGCAGCCUGGAUUGCCACUGGUGCCUUACAAAUUGAGGGCUCCAAACGUGCAACACAGCUGAUCAGCGAUAAAAAGUAUCGACAGCAGCCUUACACGUUUAAGCACACUUCUGUUAUUGACUCUCCUGACAUUGUUCAUGCGAAGUUCAGCAACAAGAUCACCAAUGAGCGCCUGUACAAAGAGAAGGGAGAGAACUACAGGCAUAACUACACAAUCACAGCUGAGCGACCAGAAAUCACACAGGCCAAGAUCAAUGCUGCUAAUUUCAGUGAUACCAAAUACAAAGAGUCUUGGCACACACUGAGAGCGCAAGGCUAUAAACUGACCAUGCAAGACAUCCCCUUCCAGGCGGCUAAAGCAUCCACAGACAUUGCCAGUGAUUACCAGUACAAGCACAACCACAUUCUGGAGAAGGGCAAGCACAUUGGUGCACGGAGCGUCAUGGAUGACACUCACCUCCUACACUGUCUGCAGACAGCACGUCUGCAGAGUGAUAAGAAUUACCGCAAAGACGCCCUGUCCACCAGCGGCGAGUAUCACCUGGGACUGGACCUGAUUAACCUGGUCCAUGCUAAGAAAGCACAGGCCCUGGCCAGUGAUCAGGACUACAAGACCCACCUUCACUCCUACACUGUCCUGCCUGAUGACAUUAAGGUGCAAUGGGCCAAAAAGGCCUACGAGCUGCAGAGUCAGAAUGUAUACAAAUCAGAUUUGAACUUCAUGAAGGGAGUGGCCUGGGACUCAGUAGGAGCUCCUCAGCUGGAGUCUGCAAAGAAAGCUGGAGAGCUCAUAAGUGAUAAGAAGUAUCGUCAGCUACCUGACAGGCUGAAAUUUACCCAGGUUGCUGACUCGCCUGAUAUCAUCCAUGCCAAGAACAGCUACAUGCAGUGUAGUGAGAGGCUGUAUAAGUCUGGAGAUACUGAGUCCAUGCAUAAAUACACCUUACCUGCUGAUCAUCCUGACUUCAUCAGAGCCAGGAUUAAUGCUCAGCAGAUCAGUGAUAAAGUUUAUAAAGCGUCAGGGGACCAGGUAAAGACAGCUGGCUAUGACCUGAGACUAGAUGCCAUUCCCUUCCAGACAGCCAAGGCCUCUAGAGAAAUCGCCAGCGAUUUCCGCUAUAAGGAGGCCUUUGUGAAGCAGAAGGGUCAGCAGGUUGGCCUGCUCAGCGUAGAGGAUGACCCCAGGAUGAGGCACUCUCUGGCAGUAGGCAAGCUGCAGAGCAACAAUGAGUACAAGAAGCAGUUCCAAGAGACCCGCUCUCAGUUUAAGAUCCAUGCAGACCAGCCGGAAUUUCUGCAUGCCAGAAAGAGCCAGGCUCAGGCCAGUGACCUCAGCUACCGCCAGCGCCUCCAUAACUACACAUGUGACCCAGAACAACUCAACGUCAAACACGCUAAACAGGCCUACAAGCUACAGAGUGAUGUGAAAUAUAAGUCAGACUUGAACUGGAUAAAGGGAAUUGGUUGGACCCCUCCAGGCUCUCAUAAGGCAGAGAUGGCCAGGAGGGCAGCAGAGCUUGGACUUGCAGAGGGAGUGAGCACUGAUGAAGCCAUAGCCAAGUACCAGCAACUGAUGAUGCUCCAGCGUGAGCAGCAGUUGCUGGAGCAGCAGCAGCAGGACUCUUCAGAGCAGGUGGAGACAAGAGAGCAUGUCCAGCAGUCUGUGGUCAAUCCAGAUGCCAUGGAGAUCCUCCAUGUAAAACGGAAGAAGACCAUCCACACUACUUUCAAACAAGCGAAGACUGCUAAGUCCAUGACAUCGCAGUCUAUAACAUCUCACUCUUCAACAAACCAGUCUGCAGUGAGCGAGCUCCAUGAAAACAGGUCAAUUACAGACAGGUCAACUGAAAAUAAGUCUAUUACAAUGUAAGCUAAAGCUAUUUUUCUAUAAGCCUGCCAUGUAGAGCCUGGUGUUCUUUACCAAUAUUUAGUGAGCAAAGAUUGAAGGAUAUCUAUGUGAAAAUGAAUGAAUGAACUCUGUAUGUGACAAUGAUGGAGAAAAGAGAAAAAGGCAGAAUGGAAAUGUUCAGUUUGUAGGUGACAUUUAUGGUUAUAUGAGGAAGAUAUAAAUUGUGAAUAGAAAAGGAAGUUUUGGAGUGUGUAUCAUGCAUGUGAAAAAGGGUGGACUUGUUUAGUAUUCAUGUAGUGAAAAGACAAGUGCCUUUCUUUUUAUUCACUGACAGUUGAAGCCUAUUGCUUCAUGUAAG